GACGACAUUGAAGGCAUCAUCGGAGUUCCGUCGCGUGCAGCAGCGCGAAAAGUAAAAAAUUAAACUUGGUCAGCAGUUUGUGUUCUAGCAGGUUUUAUUUCUGUGUGCUAGCAGAAGCUAACCGUGCUAGCAGGUUUAAUGGCGGCUCAGGGCUUCAUCUCCAUCUCUGAGCUUCAUCCCAACUUCUCUCAUCCUAAAGUGUUAGGGGUCAUCAUAGGAAAAACGGAUGUGAGGAGCUUCCCUGACAGAAAGAAUGUUGAGAUUAACCGAUUCACUUUUGGCUUCACCAUAAGAGACUCCCCAGACUUCUUCAUCAACGUGACGGCCUGGGGGACGGAGGCGUACAUCAACGGGCUGGCCGACAGCUUCAGCAUCGGAGACUGUGUGACCAUCGAGAGUCCUUUAGUUUCCACCAAGGACCCAGAGAAAGGCGACAGGUUCUGUCCCACCACACCGAGCCUCUACAGGCUGCUGGUGACAGAGACUCACUCCCAGGUGUGUCUGUGCGCCGACGGCGACGCCAGCGACUGGCUGCUGCCGCUGCUUCACCUGCCCGUCAAGGACUCCAGGGACUUCUACUCGCUGGGAGACGUGGUGGCCAACGGGCAGAAGCUGGAGGGCAGCGUCAUAAACAUCCUGGCAGCGCUGAAACAGGUGGGAGACGUGAAGCAGUUCGUCACGUCUGAUGGACGCAGAGGACAGAGGCUGGAGGUGAAGCUCUUCGAUGACUCCGUCUCCUCCUUCCCGCUCAUCAGCUGGGACAGGGAGCCCAUUCAGCUGCUGCAGGGCCUGCUACCCAGAGAGACAGUGCUCUUCAUCGCUGACGCCAAGAUGAGCUUCGACAGCUUUCGCAGCAGCAUGGUGGCGACACUUAGCUCCAAGAGCAUCAUUACCGUAAACCCUGACACCAGAGAGGCCAGCCUGUUGUUCAGCUACGCUAAAGAAAUGUGUCAGUCUGGAGCUGUGGACCAAGACGAGGCCCCAGAAGAUCCUCCUGUGGAGUCCAUCUCUGACGUCUACACGGUCAGCCAGCUGAAGGAGAAGGCCAAGGAACACCCCCAGCCUUUCUUCGGCCUCACCUACAGCUUCAUCUCCAGGCUGGACCUCGACUCGUCCGUCUCAAAGGUCAUCAAGACCCGCUGUGGCAGGUGUAGGCUCCUGGUGACGGAGGACCUGCAGACGUGCAGCAACCAGCUGUGUCCAGCCAGGGACCAGCCUCUCUCAGCCUCCACUGGCUUUGACCUGCUGGUGGACUUCACCGACCACACCGGCACGCUGCAGGCCUGCAGCCUCAGGGGACCGGUGGCGGAGCAGACCCUCGGCUGCACGACGGAGGAGUUCACCCGCCUGACCGACGACCAGAGAACCGCGCUGAAGUGGAGGUUCCUGCUGGAGAGGUGCAAAAUACACGUGAAGAUCGUCCCGUGUGCGAGGACCAAGAGCGGCAUCAGGGCGUUGGUCCUGGGCUGCCAGCUGGCAGAUCCAGGAGAGGUGAAGCAGCACAUGGCUCAGCUGCUUCAGGGACCGUGAGCAGCACACCAGCCAUUUACAUCUAAUUAUUAUAAAUCUAAUAUUUAUUUAACUUAUUUAUCUAAAUGUAUUUAUUCAGUAACUGUGUAA